AUGUUCUCCUCUGCUUCCUUCACCGUUCUCCUCGUCGCUGCUCUUUCCAUGCAAACUCUUGCCGCUCCUCUCACUGCUAAGAUCGGUUCCGAUGGCUCUCAAGCUAACCGCCACGCCAUUGAAAAUGCCAUGCCCGUUGCUAACCAGAAGAUCAAGAACAUGCAAGCAGUGAUCGGUAGCUCGAACGCGAAGAGUCACCCGGCCGUCCGCAAGGCCUUUGGCAACGACGCGAACGUUGGCAAGAUCAGGAAGACAGUGGACAAGCUGGCGAACGGCCGCAUCGUCGUCCCUCACACGGAUUCGGCCUCGGGUGUGACUGAGGGUGCGACUAACCCCAGGAACGGCCAUGUAACGUUCGGGUCGACGUUCUACCAGAGCGGCAAGAGUGCCAACUCGCGUGCGGGGACGAUCAUUCAUGAGGCGUCGCAUGCCUUGGGAAAGACUGUCGACGCUUUCGACAGGAACGGAAAGCCUUACAAGUACGGCGAGUCGCUCCCUUCGGACAAGGUCAGGGCUGGUGUUCAGAUUGGCUACAAGGACAGCAACAUGGAUUCGCUGAAGGCUAGCUCUUCGAAGAAGAUGCACCACAAUGCUGACUCGUACCGAGUGUUCGCCGAAGAGUGUCCCGAGGCCAGGGAGGAUCUCUUCGAACGGGCCAUGCUCGAGGACGAUGUCGAAAUCCGUGAAUUCCUCUUCCGCCGUGCGUGCAAGCCCGGUGCCAAGGGUAGCAAAGCACCUGCUGGAAAGGCCGCACCGAAGCCCGCCGCUGCUAAGCCCGCCGCCGUCAAGGCCGGUCGCAAGUAA